GAAGCUGUAGGAAACCUGGCUGCUGUGGAAUAAAUGGCUGCCAAUUUCGUCAUCAUCCGCUCCUUCACUCAUCGCGUAAUAGUCCUGGUACUGGCGUGGUCAACACUGCGGACACACGGGCCAAACCGAACACCGAACCACUUCCUCCUAGGCAACUCUAGUGGUGUUCGACAACCAGUGGUGGAGGUAUCAGAUUCAGCGAGUGCUCUUCGAUCGAAUUGGAACCAUAUCCAACAUCUACUAGACAUAUUCUGGCGCAGAUGGACCAGGGAGUACCUCCCAACGCUGACUAGACGUCCGAAGUGGUGCGGCGAAGCGAAACCCAUUGUUGAGGGGCAGCUAGUGCUUGUGGUAGGCGACGGUAGAAGAAAUGAGUGGACCAGAGGCCGUAUAAUUCAGACGAUAAAAGGUUCAGAUGGGAGAAUUCGGCAAGCUAUAAUACAAACUGCGAGGGGGCUUGUGCGCAGGCCAGUGGCCAGACUGGCGGUAUUAGAGGUUGAAGAGAGUGGUAAAACUGAACCUGGUGGCCAGUAUUACGGGGGAGAGGAUGUUGAUACUGGCAGCACUUCGGGUAACGGCAUGAAACGUACGACCAUCGAUGGCAGCCAACAUUAG